CGACUCGUCAACGACGACGACCGAGUUUCAGUCUCGCGUCGCGAGUUGCCGUCGUCUUUCAUACCUCUUUGACGAGUAUCUUUUCGUUAUUUCACAUCAUUUUCUGUCGACGACGUACGAGUUUGCUAAUGUUUUUUUUUUAAAUCACAUUUAUAAUAAUAAUUUGUUUGUUUAUGAAGAAAAAAGAAGAAAGUUUGCAAAAGUGGUGGUUCAACGUAAUCUCGUGGGAAAAUAACGUGACAAGCGGUAAUUCAUUUGGUUGGAUAAUGAAAAUAAAUAAUCGAUUGAUUGUAGCAAUACAUAAUUAUGAAAACGUUACGUGACGAUCGAUAGUUUUGUCGAUCUUUCAAUUACAUAAUAGCAUUGGUAAUUCCUUGAUUAUAAGUUGGUUUACGAUGAUUAAUUGGUGAUUAUAAAUAAUCGAGUGUGGCCGUCGCAAUCUUGAAAAUCUGUGAUCGAUUCCUGUUGAUUAAUAAUCAUUUUUUUUUAAAUACCAUUUUUUUGUGCGCUCUCUUAAAAUGUAAAAAGAUAAAAGCGAUUCGACUAAGAUUGGUGCUGGUGAUCGCGACGGAUUAAUCCCAUGUUUUAUCCGGAAUGUUGAAAUAAAAAAAAAAAAAAAAAUUGAUCGAAUCGAGCCGCGAGAAAGAGAGAGAAGGCGUAUAAAAGAGUGCAAUCUUCGAUCUUAUUAUUCGGAACCGCCUUGUGGAAAAGUUGACACCGGGUUUGGUGUAUAUUAAAGAAGAAUAAGGAGCGGAGAAAGAAAGGAAAGGGGAAGGGGAGAGAUAGAGAAAAAAACGUUUGUUCCUCUGAGUGAUCGUCGAGCGUGGACGAAAAUGAAGCGAAAAAGAAGGUCGGGAGGGAUAAAAAAAAAUGUGUCGUCUCGAGAAUUUUCGUUAUUGCAAUAACCGUGGUAAAAAAGGGGGUGAAGAGGGUGGAAAAGAGAGGUGGGAGAACAAAAAAAAAGAGAGAACGUGACUCAGCUGAGUGAUUGGGAGACGUCUCAGGGCUGACAAGAGUGACGACGGGCUAGUGGACACAGAUCCUAGUCGACCCGACGACAUGACGGCCAUUAAUUCGGGUCCGGUCGGAGAAGUUGGCGGCGUGAGGCUGCCUUUACAGUCGUUGCAUGGAUACGGAUCGGUGUUCAUGUACUCGGCCUCGACGAGUCCCGGAAGUGGUGGUAGUCAGGGCGGCGGAGGCGGGGGUGAAGUCACUCUUCGCCUCCGCGAACCCGAAGACAUACCGGAAGAAGUUUUGGCGCGUCUCGAAGACACGGCAACGCUCUCGAUAUCCUUGCAAGGAGACGCUGUACUGAGGCUCGGCACGGCUGGUUCUGGAAACAGUAAUUUGGAGCUUUUCGAUAGCGAGAGUGGUCCAGACCUUACGUUGUCCCCUCAGACAUUUACGUCCACGGCCGAAGCCUUCAUCAACGAUAACAGCGACAGUCUGGGAGUACCUGGUGACAACGAUACCGGAAGUAGCGAAGAGUCAAGAACAGGGACGGGAGAUCCAGCAAAGCUGGGAGUUAAAAAACCAAGACCCAAAGCAUCCUCGCCCAAUCGCCAAGGUUCCCAGAGGUGCCAGGUGUGUCGGAAGGCGUUCAACAAUGCCUCGGCCCUGACGAAACACAAGCUGACACACAGCAACGAGAGAAAAUACGUGUGUACGAUGUGUGGCAAAGCGUUCAAGCGACAGGAUCAUUUAAAUGGACACAUGGUGACACACAGAAAUAAAAAACCGUUCGAGUGCAAAGCCGAGGGCUGCGGAAAAUCUUAUUGCGACGCGAGGAGCUUGCGACGUCAUACGGAAAAUCAUCACGCCGGUAGUAAAGUGAACGAGAGUGUGAGUCCCAGCAGCCCGAUAACUGGACCCCAUACGCCAAAUACACCGAGCAGCAAUCCCAGCACACCAAGUACACCGGGUGCACCGACCACUCAAAAUGGUCACGGGCAUACAGCUCUCAAACAACUUCUGGCUACCGAGCCAACGCAAGCCCAACAGCACAAGAGCGCAACGUCACCGGGCGCCAGCAAUGACGGUCUAACGAAACAGCAGAUCGAGCUGAUUCAACUGAUAAUGCAACAAACGCAACAGCACCAAAACGCGAGUCCAGCAGCAGCUGUGGCAACCCAAACAUCUAAGGCCACUAAACCGUCCCCAAAGACCAGUUCAACCUCUCCCGCGUCGUCGGUCUCCACGUCCGGUAAUUCAGCGACAACGGCUAAUCCGAGCUCAAGCCCUAAACCGAAAGUGUGGAGCCACGGACAGCAGCAGCAACAACAACAGCAACAGGCUCAACAGCAAGCUCAACAACAAACACAACAACAGCAACAACAACAAACGAGCCAGGUACAACAAGGCCAUCGAGCUAAUUCACCCGGAAGCAGUAGUGCGGGCAAGGGUAGUCCGGCUCCUGCAAAUUCAUCCUCACCGGGAGGUUUAGUCACCACGGCACCUAACAAACCACAAACCGAAUCGAAACCGGUGGAGUGCAAUCUUUGCAGUCGAACCUUCAAAAAUAUUCCUGCUCUCAAUGGCCACAUGAGAUUGCACGGAGGUUAUUUCAAAAAGGACGAGAACAAGAAGACGGAGAAAAAAGAAACUCCUGGUCCACCGUUACAAACUGCUUCGGUCAAUGUAAGGGCUCUCAUAGAAGAGAAAAUCAUACAGAAGAGAACUACCGCAACAGAAGCAAACAACAGUAUUCAGGCACGAUCGAAUUCGGUACCAGGGAGCCAAAACGACGGAUCGUCUCACGGUAUCGGUAAAACGAGUUUCGCUGUGCCAGCACCUCCGCCUUUGGCACCGGGUGAAAAAAAUCGGAGGCUCUCAGAUACCGAACACUUCCGCCAGCCCAAUGUCACCGUCGGCGGUCAUGCCGCGGUCCAAAAACAGCUUCAAGAAGCGCAAACGCAGGCACAAGCCCAGGCGCUUGCUGAUAUGAUUCUCAAGGGAACGACGAAAAUGGCUGUCAAACGAGCGACCUCCGAUCCAGGUCAGAGGGUUCAGCUGACUUACCAGACUUCAGUAGCACCAACAACUACGACGCAGCAACAGCAACAACAACAACAGAUUCAACAACAACAAACCAGUCAGACGGAAACGAACGCUCAAUCUACAGUCUCAGAGAGUUUCACGAUGACCGGUUAUUCCGAGGACGGUGGAUACUUCAGUCCGAGUUUACAGGACGAAGUUUUCCAACAGGUCACCGCAGUACCAGACUCUGUUCUGCUUCAUGCAACACAAUUGGAUUCCAUACAAUUCCAGACGACUGGUCUUCUGCAAGAGCAACAGCCAGAUCAAUUACAAGAAAUAACAUUGGAGGAUCGUUUUACGAGUCAGCACACAGUGAAUCCGGACCUGCAAGCCUUGGUGAAUUCUCCGUUGCCAGAUUCGUUGGCGGAGUUUAGUACGUACGGAGCUCAAUUUACGGAGAGUCCGCACACGUUGCCGACGCAGUCGCCACUGGCAUCGCCAUUGACGAGACACGAUAGCCCGAGUUUUACGUAUCCGACGCCACCGGCGAGUCAGGAAGGUCUUUUGACGGGAAAUUUGCCGUUGUUGAGUCCUCAAGAAGAGGUGGAUACGGUGAGGUCGGUAUCGUCGCCGUUGUCGGCAGCGUUUUAUACAACAACGAUGUCGUCAGCGGCAGCGGUCGAGGAAGCGUUGAGCGAAGUACUUCCAGGAGAAUCGGAAACGGAUGCUGAUUUGUAUGGACCCGGCUCACCGAAUCCAAACUCUCCAUUGCCGAGUCCUUUGUCAGCGACGCCAGCGCCGUCUCCGCUUUCAUCGCUACCGGCAUCGUCGGUUUCAUCCCCAGGUCCGGGGACUUUCUCCACUGGAUUUCCAGUCUCACCGCAUCAUGCGUUGCAAAAUCAAAUGAUGCCAAAUUCGGAGGAUCCUCUGUUAUCCUCAAGCCCGAAAGACUUUAUCGUUGGACGUCGCAAGUUCGAAUUCCAAUCGUACAAGCUCAUAACGAGCCAAAAUUUGGUUGACUUUGGGCUUGGGAAUGGGAGUCUCGCCGGCAUCGUGGUCGACAACAACGGCGAAUACAAACUCAUCCAAACGGCUGGUUUACAAAAAGCCAAUGUUCUCGUACAAUCGGGGGCUCUGAGCCCAGCCGCUUUGACAUUCAGAAAAGAGAUUCGUCUCGCCACCCCCAAAAUUGAGCCUGGAAUCGUAAACAUUUCGAACCAAUCUUUGAACGUUCAAACCCAUCAAACCUUUCCAACUAAUCAACUCCAUCAACAAGCCAUCAAUCCCGCCAAGUUUCUCAUCCAAACAACAAACACGAAAAGCAUGAAACACAAAAUAGCACAACUGCCUGUACCGCUCGAACACAUCAAAGAAGAACUUUUGGACAACGACAUUUUUCUCAGUCCCGUUAACGUCAAUACCAAUAAUAAUAGUCCUGCUAGACAAUCGAGAAAACGACCUAGAAUCGAAGGACACUAUGCCAACUCGUCCCAUUCCUUCCCAUCGCGAUUAAGACGCGCCUGCGAUCGACACUGGGACAGCAGUUACACUCCACCACCCAUUCUCGAUCCCUCCAGGCCUGGCUCCGGCCUUUACGCGAGGUUACAUCAACACGAACGCGACGGGGAAUUCACCUCCGACGAUUCUCAAGGCAACGAUGGCCCUCCACCGAGAAUCAACAUUGAUACCAGAUACCAAGCCACUAUUCCACCCCUCGGAUGCGACGGUGAUCGCGGACGAGGAGGACGCGAAACUGAUCAUCCACUUUGGGAUCCUGGCAUAACUAAUCAUCUUACCGACACUGAACUCGAAAUGUAUCUGCAAUUCGCCUGCUGUGCCGCGACACCAGGAGGUGGGAGAAAUAAGGAAUAUGCACUGCAUCUGUUACACAUGUGCAAAGGAAACAUUCACGAAGCGAUGCUUAAACUGAUGAGACCGACCCCGACACUGCCAUUGCAACAUCCAUUGUUGAGCUACGAGUGUACCGAAUCGGAUCGUUGGACGUCCAACGAGAUGGACAUUUUUUAUCAGGGUUUGCUCGAGCACAACAAGGAUUUCGUAGCAAUAUCACGCGACGUUGGGACGAAAACGUCGAAACAGUGCGUGCAAUUUUAUUACUUAUGGAAAAGGCUCUGUCCGGACGAGUACAAGAGGCUAAGAGCGAGACACGGUAAACCAAAAAUCAAGAGCGAAUUCAGGGAUUACAGUCGCGACACGAAAGACACUAAGGAACUUCGGGAUGCGAUCGCAUCCGUCACGGAAAUGGACUUUCACGACGAUAAAUCUAUACUCCAUCAAACGCUCUUACAGACGAACGAGAGAGAAAAUUCGGCGACGUUCACAACGAGCGAAGGAGAAUUGAGGCUCUUCGCUUACGACUGUCCCGACAGCUUUAGCGGAAGCGUAACAGUUACGAUGGCCGGAAUCAAGAAAAUCGGCAACGCAACGGUCAACAACAACUCAAAAACUCACAUUAGUUCUGAGCAACAACUACCCGUGCCCACCCCACUUCACUACCCCUGCAAGAUUUGCGGGAAAGUUUUCAACAAAGUGAAAAGCCGAAGCGCUCACAUGAAAUCCCAUCGGCCAAUACCCUCGCCCGAUUCAACGGGUCAAGAAUCUAAGAGGCCUGCACAGCAGCAGCAACAGCAACAGCAGACGAUGUUACAACAGCAGUUGAAGCAACCACAGACAAAUCAUCAGAAUAAUCACCAGCAGACAAACGUCGGGUCGAAUCAGCAAGAGUAUCAAAAUGGAAAAUUGUCGACGAGUGUGAACGAGUCCACGAACUCGAGCGCCAACAAUUUGUGGCACAAUCCAACGAGAUUGAGGCCACCAUAGAAUAUACGAUUCCUUACACUCAAGUUACCUUAACGAAGGCUCAAAACUACGAGCGUAUAAAACUAUGAAGGACAGAACAAAAGUAAACGAAGGAAAUAUAAAAAAGUAUUUCGAAAGAAAAAUCGAGACUAAGAAAUCUCGGUCUUCGGUCGAAUUUUCAUAGCUGAAAAAUGUUCUCUGUACCGGAAGUUCGAUUAGAAAUGGCCUAGUGAAAUUAUUCUUGAAUUAUCCAUUCGAGAACUUAGCUGUAAUGAGCCCGAACGAAACAAAAAAACACACACACACACACACACACACACACACACACACAAAACGAAACGAUAUUCGUGAAUUUCGAUACAGAAACCGGUGACAAUUACUUUCUUAAAAUUCCAUCGAGCCUAAUCUGAAUCAACGUGUUCGGCUGACUUGUCCUCAAUGAGAGAGCGUCGAUUCGAUACCAGCGCCGCUACAUCGAAUUUGUUAAAAUGGCGUUGCUACGAAAUUCCUCGAUCGUCCAAGAGCAACAGGGUUAAUUGAACAGAAGUGCGAAAUAAAAAUAAGGCCGUAAACGACCGACGAAGAAAAAGGCAACGAAGGUUGGCCCUUUGACUCGCAGGAUUCGAUGGAUAAAUUAACGUUAAACUAACGAAAAAAAAAAAAAAAAAAAACAAAAACAAAACAAAACAAGAAUUACAAAUAACAAGAAAGAAAUAUAUAUAUGCUUUUUUUCAUCCGGCGGUCAUAUUGUUGAGAAACAAAUUUAUUUUUCUAACUCGGAGGGAAUCGUAGCUUUCAGUAAGAAAAUCCAAAAUGUAAACACAAAAGCGUAGUUGUAAUACAGAAAUGCUGAAACAAAAAAAAAAUAAAAAAAAAAAUAAAAUAAAAUAGAAAUCUUGCCAAAAAGAUAAAAACGAAACGAACAAAAUAUCGCUAUCAUAUUUUUAUUCCCUGAAAACUGGAUAAAUGAAGAUGCAAAGAAAAAAAAACCACACAGAUACACAAAAAGUACAAAUAUAUAUUUCUUAACAAAUAUGUACCGAAUAAUUGAAGAGACGGCGAAUAAUGGGGUCAAAGGGUCAAAUCUUUUUUCAUACAUGAAUUCCGUUGCCGUUGAUAAAACCAAACAAUAUACAUUUAUCUCGACAAUCUUUGAUAUCGACCUUGGAAAAUCAAAAUGAAGUGGCAUAACGUGAAAAAGACUCAAAAAAACCAUCGGUGAUUCCGUCAAUUCUUUCUAUGGGCCUAGCUGAAAAAAAUCGUUCGAUAAGUAUGCGAUUUUGAGCGUUGAUACGAACGCGGAAGCGCACAAACCGAUAAAAUCCAUACCGACGAUCUCACUUUCUCUAUUAUUUUAUCUUUCCCCUGUCAUGUUCUCAAUCUUAAUAGCUCAUUGAAACAAAAAAUCAAACGGAUUAUGGUAUCUGAACGAAAAAGUCACGAUACUGGGAAAAAAUGUGCCACAAAAAACGCAUCAAUGUUAACCGUCAAAUAAUUCUCACACUCGUAGAACAUUUUUUUCGUCAAUCUUUCUCUCGCACAUUGUUGUUCGCUAACUGUUUUCAUUUCCUGCUCGUAUGUUCAUUUCUACUCGAACAGCCUGAAAAGCUGUUUCGCAAUGACGAAUCGAGGAUGCGAUUGGCUCCGCAGGAAAGACUAAUAAAUUUAUCAAAUUUCAUUCGCCAAGGCGAGACAAAGUAUCUUUUCGUUCCACAACUGCAAUAAUCUCAAGAGUUUCGGGGCAAUGGAAUCAACCGAAAGAAUUCACUCCAGUCUGUCUAUGAGAAAAACCAAAAAAAAAGGGAGCAAAAAAAGGCGAAUAAUUGUGCUCGACGAAAAAUAAUUAAUUGAAGAAUCAUAGCGAUCGAUCACGACUGCGAGUCUGCGACAUCCGUUCUGAUCGUAACUGAUUUCCUCGUGAUAACAACCGAUGUGGGCUUCAUAAAGAAACAAAACCGAAACCAAAAAAUAGAAUACCAAACGAAAUCUCGAAGGAGCGUUUCUUUUUACGACUCCCUCGACUCAAAAGAGCCUAGAAAAUCGAACAUACGACUCGCACAUUUCUGUCCUGCGAAUAAGAAUUAGUUAGCCAUGAAUAUUUAAUAUUAAGGUGAGAUCGAAACACACAGAACUCAAUAACGGAAGCGAUUUUUGCCAUCGUUGUUCAAUCUAUCGAGUCCUUAUCAUCCAGUUUCCUUCCUUACGCCUAUUCCUCCUUCAUUCACUCAUUCAUCUUGAUAAUUGUUACCUUCGUCAAACAACUUAACGACGAAACAAACGUAGCGACGAACGAAUGAAUAUUAUCUCUCGUAAAUAUCUUGUAGUACGAGUUUUAGGAAAGUUAAAGAUAAGUUAAACAGUGGUGAACUUUUUUCUGUCUCUCUCUCUCUUUCUCUCUCUUUAGAAAAAACUUGAAUGUCCAUUUUUUUCUCAAUAUUUAUUAAUAUUUAUUGUAUUUAUUAUAAUUCACAUUAUCAUCAUGAUUGUUAUCAUAAUUAUUCUUAUAUUUAUUAUCCCACUACGUUUAUUGCUACUAUUACCCCGAUUACUGCUAUUGAUAUUAUUAUUAUUAUUAUUUAAUUAUUAUGAUUAUUAUUAUUAUUACUUUGUUCAGGAUAGUUGCAUAGUUCACUAAGGGAAUUGUUCAAGUUUCAAGGCCUCGUGCAUUUCGACUGCGAUCGAUUGCUGGACGGCGGAGUAAAAUAAUAAAUUUUAAAAAAUUCGAAGAAAUAAUGAUAUUACGUUCUUGAAAAAGACGUGGAAAAUGAAUAUGGUCCUAUUUGAAAAGAGGAGGAAAGAAAUACGAAAAAUGGGAAAAGAAGAAACUUACAGCUAUUAAUAAUUUUCAUGAUUAUACAUAUUUACUCGUGUGUACAUAAAUCUCCUGUACAUCAUUGUACAUAUACGUAUAUAUGAGUGUGUCGCUUGUGCGUGUAUGUGGGAACAUCCGUAUUGUACAAUUGAAGUGAAUUUUACGCAGCGCAAAAAAAAAAAAGAAAAAAAUGAAGGAGAAGAAUAUUAUGAAGCAUACGGAUUUAGAUUUGGUGAAAGUCGUGGCUCUAUCGCCAGGAUGGUUCGAUUUAUAUUUUUUCAUUAUACAUAUUUGAAUGCUAGCGAAAAUUUGUCAAGAUCUUUGUUUUCUCGUUAUUUAAAGGUUGAAAAAAAUAAAUAAACGUUUCGUUCUA